UUAAAUCAAGGUGUGGUCUACAUUUCUUUAGCCUGAUUUGAAAAUGAGUAGUCAUUUGUAGUGACAAAGUAGGAAAUAUAAAAUAUGUCACCUCUGUGUUUGUAGGAAAUACAGCUGGAACAUGCAAAGCAAGCCUUUGUGCAACGGGACAAUGCCAGGACUGGAAGAGUCACGGCCAUUGACUUCCGAGACAUCAUGGUCACCAUUCGCCCCCAUGUCUUGACACCAUUUGUGGAAGAAUGUCUAGUAGCUGCUGCCGGAGGAACCACAUCCCAUCAAGUUAGUUUCUCCUAUUUUAAUGGAUUUAAUUCUCUCCUUAACAACAUGGAGCUCAUUAGAAAAAUCUACAGCACUCUGGCUGGCAAUAGAAAAGAUGUGGAGGUGACUAAAGAGGAGUUUGCUCGGGCAGCCCAGAAAUUUGGUCAGGUUACACCCAUGGAAGUUGACAUCUUGUUUCAGUUAGCAGAUUUAUAUGAGCCAAGGGGACGUAUGACUUUAGCAGACAUUGAGCGUAUCGCUCCUCUGGAAGAGGGAACUUUGCCCUUCAACUUGGCUGAGGCCCAGAGGCAGAAGGCCUCAGGCAGUCCAGCCCGGCCAGUUCUCCUACAAGUUGCAGAGUCGGCCUACAGGUUUGGUCUGGGUUCUGUUGCUGGAGCUGUUGGAGCCACUGCUGUGUAUCCUAUUGAUCUUGUAAAAACUCGAAUGCAGAACCAACGAUCAACUGGCUCUUUUGUGGGAGAGCUCAUGUAUAAAAACAGCUUUGACUGCUUUAAGAAGGUGCUACGCUAUGAAGGCUUCUUUGGACUAUAUAGAGGUUUGCUGCCACAGUUAUUGGGAGUCGCCCCAGAGAAGGCCAUAAAACUUACAGUGAAUGAUUUUGUGAGGGAUAAGUUUAUGCACAAAGACGGUUCGGUCCCACUUGCAGCAGAAAUUCUUGCUGGAGGCUGUGCAGGAGGCUCCCAGGUGAUUUUCACAAAUCCUUUAGAAAUUGUCAAAAUCCGAUUGCAAGUGGCUGGAGAAAUCACCACUGGUCCCCGAGUGAGUGCUCUCUCUGUGGUGCGAGACCUGGGUUUCUUUGGCAUCUACAAGGGUGCCAAAGCAUGCUUUCUCCGGGACAUUCCUUUCUCAGCCAUCUACUUCCCAUGUUAUGCUCAUGUGAAAGCUUCCUUUGCAAAUGAAGAUGGGCAGAUUAGCCCUGGGAGCCUGCUGUUGGCUGGUGCCAUCGCUGGUAUGCCUGCUGCAUCUUUAGUGACCCCCGCUGAUGUUAUCAAGACUAGAUUACAGGUGGCUGCCCGGGCUGGCCAAACUACAUACAGCGGAGUGAUCGACUGCUUCAGGAAGAUAUUGAGGGAAGAGGGCCCAAAAGCUUUGUGGAAAGGAGCUGGAGCUCGUGUAUUCCGGUCCUCACCCCAGUUUGGUGUCACCUUGCUGACGUAUGAAUUGCUGCAGCAGUGGUUUUACAUUGAUUUUGGGGGAGUGUAAGUAUCAAACUAAACCUCCUGAUAAACUUGGGCUGCUUCUGAAACUCCGGCCACAUUAAGAAGAGUUCAUGGGUGUAGGCCCUACGGGGAGUUAGGAAUGAAAAUGCUCACAAGGUCAUUUCAAAGGGGAACAUAACCAUACAACUCCUUUAUGGGUUUUUUUUGUUGGGGGUGGGGUGGUGGUGCUGCGUUUUUGCUGUUGUUGGUACUGGGGUUUGAACUCAGGGUCUCACACUUACUAGGAA